AUGAGUACACCAGCGGAUCAUACGCCGCUAGCUAAACCGCCCAAGAUUCCUGCAGUCCCGAGUCCUAGUGCUAGUGUCCUCGUCAUCUCCCCUACAAACCAAAUUCUCCUCCUCCACCGGGUCCGCACAUCCUCCUCCUUUGCCUCGGCGCACGUCUUCCCCGGCGGCGCGCUCUCUUCUACGCACGAUGGUACUAUACCCGGCGUUGACGACCCGAUGAGGCAUCAAGACGGGCCUGCAUAUCGAAUGGCAGCGAUACGGGAGACAUUCGAAGAAUCCGGGAUCCUCCUAGCCAAGAGCAAGAAAACCGGGCGUCUGUACACCGAGAUCUCCGACGAGGAACGAGAAGAAGGGCGACGAGGUGUCCAUUCCGGAAAAGUGAAGUUUGUGGAGUUGUUGGAAAGAUGGGGUGCGGAACCAGAUGUAGCGGCACUGAUACCAUUUACCCGCUGGAUCACCCCUCCGAAUGUACCCAGGCGGUUUUCGACACAAAUGUACAUCUAUUUCAUUCCCCUAGGCUCCCUUUCCCCUACGAAAAGCAGAUCAUCUGGAACACCCCCAGGGUCGGGGUUAGAAGAGGAAGAAGAGAUUUUCAUUCCCAACCCAACGCACGAUGGCGGGAUCGAGCAUACAGCAGCGCGGUUUCUGCCACCAAAUAAAUGGAUAGAUUUGGCGCGACAGAACCGGAUUAUCUUAUUCCCGCCGCAAUUCUUCCUCACCCUCAUGUUAGCCCCGUAUCUCGCGAGCACGGUCACAAGUCCGAGUUCUCCGAUCCCAAGCACGCAGGAACUCCAGCUCGAGCGUGAAAGACUUCUCGAUUUUCUCUGCACACCACGCGUUUAUGAGGGGAAGGAGGAAGUUAGUUUCGCGGAGGCAUGUAUAUCACCCCUCGUAUUAGGAAAGGGAAAGUACGGCGACUUGCAGCAGGAUGGUGUUGGGGGCGUGGGUAUGGAUACGGCUGUUCUGACACUGGACAAACCCGGAGAGGAGGUGGAGAAGCAGGGGAAGGAGCGGAGAGGAAUUAAGGAGUGGAUUAUCACGACGAGGUUUAAGGGUGGGGGAACGAGGAAUGUGGCUGUGUGGCGGAGGGAGGAGGUACUUGGGAGUUUGAAAGAAAAAUUAUAG